CUCCCUAGUCAGUCCGUGCACAUCACUGCGGAGCGCAGCCUCGACGCGGAAACCGGUGCUGAGGAAGAGUGAGGGAGAGACAGAGAGAGGGAGGGCGUGCGUGUGUGUGUGAGUGUGUGAGCGCGUUUAUGUUUGUGUGUGAAGGAGAGAAAGUCAGAUACAGAGCCAGAGAGACGGAAAAGAUAAAGGAAAGACAGGCGGAACGAUAGACUUGUGCGUAAAAAAGUAGCUUUUUUCUUCUUUCUGAAUUUCCAUCAGACAAAUAAAUCCCGACUGCUUGGAUGAACCAACAUCUAUCGAUCUUUCUGCCCUACACCUGGAUUCACUGACCAGCCGCACAGCAGGCAUGUCCCGACGGAAGCAGAGCAACCCCCGGCAGAUCAAACGUCCUCUGGAAGAUGGCCUGGAGGAUGAGGAGGAGGAGUGUGUCUCUGAGGAGAAUGAGCUCUUGGCCAAGGAUGAGUUCUCAGUGGAGGAGAACUUCACAGCCGAGUUUGAGACUGAGAACAUGAGCUGUGAAGACAUGGAGUACUUCUGCAACAAAGGAGAGGAAGACACAAACCGAGAAGCAGAAGUGACAGAGAUGGAGGGUCAAAGUGAGAAGAACCGGCAUGCUGCUGUGGGACCUGAAGAGUGGGACGGUCCACGGGAGUUGGACACAUUCUUUAAAGAUGGCGAGCGUCGGAUCCACAGCCGGCAGCAGCUUCCUGUGGGAACAACAUGGGGACCCUUUGAAGGGAAGAUUGAGAUGAGCACUGACACCACUGCACUGAAGACGAAGAGCACGGUCCCGGUGGUGCUGAGCGCCGGCCCCAGGUGGCUGCUGAAUGUGACUUGGCAGGGAGCAGAAGACAACAAAAACAACUGUGUGGUGUACAGCAAAGGUGGCCAGCUGUGGUGCACCACCACCAAGAACAUGAUGGAGGGUGAGGAGCUGGUGGCAUUUGCAGUGGACUUUGACUCACGCCUGCAGGCGGUUAACCACAUGUCUCUGAGCGAGGGCAUGUACCCAGCCAGGCUGCUGGACAGCAUCCAGCUUCUACCGCAGCAGGCAGCCAUGGCCUCCAUCCUCCCCACCGCCAUUGUGAACAAGGACAUCUUCCCCUGCAAGGCAUGUGGAAUCUGGUUCAGGAGUGAAAGGAACCUGCAGGCCCAUCUCAUGUACUAUUGCAGCGGGCGACAGAGGGAACCAGAGACGGUGGUGGAGGAUAGUGAAAAUGGACCCCACCAGACUCCCAGUAUUUGCCCCUUUCCACAGUGCAACAAGAGCUUCUCUGGAGCCAGGGCCCUGGAAAUGCAUUUGAGCACCUCACACAGUGGUGUCAAAAUGGAAGAGAGCCUCCCUCCUGGCACCAGCUUGAAAUGCACAAUCUGUAACUACACAGCAGAUUCUCUUAUUGCAUUCCAGCAUCAUAUCAUGUCUCACCUGUCACAGGCGGCCUUCAGAUGCAAUCACUGCCAUAUCAGCUUUCAGAGCCACAGGGAACUCUUGCAGCAUCAGGACUUACACGGGCAUGGCAGCAAACUUCACAGGGAAGGCGACGGAACUGAGCAUUCCCCCAGGGGGUCUGAGGAGGGCCUCCAGCAGCAGCAGGCCCGCUCUGAGUUGGCCAACAGGAAGGAUGCUCUGCUGGGGAGUCCCAAAGGGGCCCUCAGCAAGGAGACCAGCACAGACGGAGACAAUGACAAGGCUGAGAAAAAGCCCAUGCUAACUGCCCAGAAGGGAGAGGCCCACCCAGGCAGCAAAGCCAGUUUUUCUUACACUAGGAUCAAAUCUGAGCCCUCCAGCCCCCGACUGGCCUCCUCCCCAGUGCAGCAUAAUAUGCCUACAUUUCCCAUGGGCCCCUUCUUGUCUCAGUUUGCUUUCUCCCAAGACAUUUCCGUAGUACCACAGGCUUCAGAAAUUCUGGCUAAAAUGUCAGAGCUAGUUCAUCGACGGCUCCGCCAUGGUGGGAAUAGCUACCCCCCUGUCAUCUACAGUCCGCUGAUGCCCAAAGGGGCCACAUGCUUUGAAUGCAAUAUCACCUUCAGCAACCUGGACAACUAUUUAGUCCAUAAAAAGCACUACUGUAACAGUCGCUGGCAGCACUUGGCCAAGUCUCCAGACUUUUCUGCGCUCUCUGAUAAGGUUCCAGAAGCGGUGAGCCCCAACAGUGGUCACAGUUCUGUCAGCCUGUUGGCUGGCUGCCACCCAACAGACACCGACAGCCACCUCAUGCAGUCUGCUUGCCUGAACUCCAAUGUGUUAGACAUUAUCAACGCUGGGGCUAAAGGGCCUGAUAAGGAUAUGGCAGUACAGGUGAAGAAGGUCUGUACCCCAGCUGGAGUGGAGGAUAGACUCAAUGGGAAGCAAAUGGAGGGAAAAGGUCCCAGUAUAGGCUUAGUGGAAAGUGAUAAUGAUCCCACCAAGACAACCUGCGAUGCUUGUAAUAUUACAUUCAGCCGUCAUGAGACAUACAUGGUCCACAAGCAGUACUACUGUGCCACCCGUCAUGAUCCCCCCAUGAAGCGUAUGUCUGCCAAUAAGGUGCCCUCGAUGCAGAGAACGAUGAGGACCCGUAAGCGCAGGAAGAUGUAUGAAAUGUGUCUCCCUGAUCAGGACCACCAGAGACCCCCUAUGGCACAGCAUGGUUUUCUUGGGGUUCCUCCGAUUAACCCUUGUACAUCUCAAGAGGCUGUCGAAAACCUAGCUGACCGCUUCCACCCCCGCUCUGAUAUCUUUCCUGGGGUGGUACCCAAACACCUGGAGGCCUCUCUGACUGUCACUAAACCUAUACUGGCGCCCAAAAGUAACACCAUGGAGCAGCAGGAGUUGGACGCACCCAUUGAUCUCAGCAAAAAAUGUUCAUCAGACAAGACAUGUAGCUCUCCCAAAAGACUUUUGGACUAUCACGAAUGUGCAGUGUGCAAGAUAAGUUUUAACAAAGUGGAGAACUACCUGGCACACAAACAGAACUUUUGUCCUGCGACAGCUGCUGCUGCAUCUCAGCAACAACAGCAGCAACAACACAAUGAGAGUGGCAGCCUGGAGUCUACCAUCUUCCCAGAUGUGAAGAGUGAAGGCAAUAACAGCCCUGAUGAUGGCUAUGAUAAGAGCCCUGGCAAAUGUGAGAAGAAUGGGAAUGGAAAGGUGAUGGUGCAGAAUGGAGGCAUGUUCCCCUCUCACCUGGGGUCUGUGCUGGGACUUAAGCCUUUUCCUGAGCCCCAGCUCAUUCCAUCAAAAGAUGAGAACAAGAAUAUGUUUCUGCCCCAUUGCCUUUAUCCUGGAGCAAUAAAAAAGGCGAAAGGUCCAGAGCAAAUAUCGCCGUAUUUCGGGAUAAAGCCAACCGAUUAUGUGACUGGGGGACCAGCAGUGCAGGGAGAAGCUGGUGAACAGGAGCAGAGCGUUAACGGAGGAGAGAUCGGAGUAACCAGAGAGUCUGCCCCACAGCCUGCUGCAAACGGUUGCCCUCACCCCACCAAGGAAACUCUUCCCCUCCUGCCCAAAAACCGGGGCAUAGUCAUUGUCAACGGGGGUCACAAAUCAGAAGAGCGCUCAGGCAUGGUCCCAUCUCAGCAGGAGAACCAGCCCCAGUCAGAGAGCCAGCCCUCCAACCCUUCACCCACAUGGCCCACAGAAAAUCAGACCGAUUCCAACGAGAACAUGUCACCACCCUCAAAGUCUCCCACUGAGGAGGCGACACCCAUGGCCAAUAAAGGAGUGAACGUCUCUGGAAGUGGCAAAUAUUGCCGCCUCUGUGACAUCCAGUUCAACAACCUAUCAAACUUUAUUACUCAUAAGAAAUUUUACUGUUCAUCACAUGCUGCAGAGCAUGUGAAAUAAGCAGAGAACAAGAAAAAGACAUGUUCUUGUCCUUUUCACCUUUUCCUUCAGACUUUUUCUCCUUUGUUUUUGGUACACUGUUGUGUCUGGAAUAGUGCAUCAUGCAGUGCUAACCACUGCUUGUGGACAAUCAAGAGAAGUUUCUUCUUUCGUCGUUUUAAGACUCAAAAAUGCAAAACCCUUGGUUAAGAAAAAAGAACAAAAAAAAUCAAGAAUAACAUUGGUGCCAAGUUCACAUUAAUUUAUUUUACAAUCAGUAUUAGUUGGAGUAGUGAUCUUAAUUUAAAUUGAAAAGGAAAUUUAUAUCAGAGUUGUUUGUAAUGUUAUUGUAUAGUCAUUCUUGUGUAGCACACAUAUUGUUUACACUGUAAUGUAGACUCGAAGAAACAAUAAACAAUACAAAAAUGAGAUGCAUUUUAGACACAAAAAUAGCUACUGAGGCAUUUGUGUAUACUUAUUUGCUGUACCAGUUUCUGUAGGCUCAAAAUGUCUUCUGCAGAUUACCACUAAUGACUUGUUAGCCUUACAAAUCACCAUUUGGAUGUGAUUACAGGCACAAACCUGCAUUUCACAUUUUGAUAUAUAUAUAUAUAUAUAUAUAUAUAUAUAUAUAUAUAUAUAUAUAUAUAUAUAUAUAUAUAUAUAUGGCUUGCAAACAUGUGUGGUUUGUCUCUGUCUCUUUCAUUAAACUCAGAUGUUGGUGGAUGUUUUCAUACGAAUGGCAGCAUUCCUGUAUAGUACUCGUAUUUCUGUUUGAUGAUACACUUUGGUCUCCCUUUUGGAAAUUUGCUUUCAGUGCAAUACUUUGUAAAUGAGGGAACAUUACUGAAAGCAGUAUUAUGAAAUGGGGACUGUGCACAUAAUUAUUUGUAAUCCCCACGGGGAAAAAAAUGAAAAACGGCUGUACGAAAAUUACUUUUAUUGCUGAUGAACAAGUUGGACUGGAGGUCAGUGGGGAUACUGAUGUAAAAUGAUCAUUCCAAUGUCCUGAAUAUGGGAGAAAAUGUUUCUUAAACGUUGUUGCUAUGCAUGUAUAUGGAUGGAAUUAAAUUCCAGAUCUGUUGGAAAUUUUUAUUUUGAUGUGGUGUCAUAAUUAAACUUAAAUCCUCAGGAUAAA